GUGACGUAGCGCCGCGUCUGCUUCCGCUCUCACCGAGCACUUCCUUUCGUUCUCUUCAGCGAGAGGAGGCGUGGGCAGGUCGUCUCCGGUGUUGGGCUCUUUGCGAGACAGGGUGGCGAGGUUUCGCGCCGCGGGUCCUUAGCCGGCUCGUUGGUAGCGCACAGGUCGCCCUGCCGGGCGGCUGAGAGGGCGGAGAAACCGGAAGGCGGACGCGCCGCUCCCUGCUGCUUUUGCUCAAGCCGCGAAAAGCCGAGUUCCCAGUCGCUGGUGAACUGAGCUCACAAGGAAUUAAAGAUGAGUAAGAACAAAGAUGAUGCGCCUCAUGAGCUAGAGAGCCAGUUUAUCUUACGACUGCCCCCAGAAUAUGCCGCUACGGUGAGGAGGGCAGUGCAGUCUGGGCACGUCAACCUGAAAGACAAACUGAGCAUUGAGUUACACCCUGAUGGGCGUCACGGCAUUGUCAGAGUGGAUCGAGUGCCCUUGGCUGCAAAAUUGGUCGAUUUGCCUUGUGUUACAGAAAGCUUGAAAACCAUUGAUAAGAAAACCUUUUACAAGACAGCUGAUAUCUCUCAGAUGCUUGUAGCCACAGUAGAUGGUGACCUCUACCCUCCUGUGGAGGAGGCAGCUGCCACUGCUGAUCCCAAAGCAAACAAGAAAAAAGAUAAGGACAAAGAGAAAAAGUUUGUUUGGAACCAUGGAAUUACUCUACCUCUAAAAAAUGUCAGAAAGAGACGGUUCCGGAAGACAGCAAAGAAGAAGUACAUUGAAUCUCCAGAUGUGGAAAAGGAAGUCAAGCGUCUGCUGAGUACAGAUGCAGAAGCUGUCAGUACUCGUUGGGAGAUAAUUGCUGAAGAUGAAACAAAGGAGACAGAAAAUCAAGGCCUUGAUAUCUCCUCUCCAGGCAUGUCUGGCCACAGGCAGGGCCAUGACUCACUAGAGCAUGAUGAGCUUCGAGAGAUAUUCAAUGACCUCAGCAGCAGCAGUGAAGAUGAAGAAGAUGUAAACAUCAUUGAUACCGAGGAAGAUCUGGAGAGACAGCUACAAGACAAGCUAAAUGAAUCAGACGAACAACACCAAGAAAAUGAAGGAACCAAUCAGUUGGUUAUGGGAAUUCAGAAGCAGAUUGAUAACAUGAAAGGCAAGCUCCAAGAAACCCAAGACAGGGCAAAGCGCCAGGAGGAUCUUAUCAUGAAGGUAGAAAACCUGGCUCUCAAGAACAGGUUUCAGGCUGUUCUGGAUGAGCUCAAACAGAAAGAAGACCGUGAAAAGGAGCAGCUUAGCUCUUUGCAAGAAGAGCUGGAAUCACUUCUGGAGAAGUGAGAAUGUUGACUUUAGUCCUUAGACUAGUCAGCUUAAGAAAAAGUUAUUUUCAGAGUAAGGUCUUGAAAUAUCUUUUUUUUUCUUUGAAAUGUUCUUAUUCCCUGAGUUUUGUUGAAUUUUUUUGAUUGUUUUUCAGAACUAUGGUGGUGGGUUUUCAUUCUUUAGAAAAUAAGAUUACAUAGGCAGGUUUGUUGUAGGGGAGAUACAAGAAAGAUGAGUGAAAUGAAAACAUUUGAACUUUAAUCACUUCACUAUAGGACUUUAUUACAGUUUGUUUCCUAAAAGUUUCUAGUCCUUUGGUGCUAAGAUCAGUAAAUAAGCUAGCCUACAGGCAAUUAAGUUGAUUUCUUUUAAAAGAAUUUUUUUUUUUUUUUUACCUCAGCAAGUUUCCAUGUUACAGAAAUGCAAGUUUUUUUAUAACGGUUUGUUAUACAAUAAAAGCUACUAAUUUUCACU